UGUUCCAGCCCGUCCGUCCGUUCCGUUCGUCCGUCGGCGCCCAGACCCAGGGAACAUAAUGUCGGCCUCAACCACCCGGCCCCCCGGCUGCGGCUCGAGCCUGCUCCCCAAGUACUUUAGACUUUGUGACACGAAUCAGAUUUGGGGCAUCGUCCUGGAGGCUCUGGCCGCCUUGGGGGCGGUGACCACGGUGGCCUUCAUCCUGGCCCUCUUCAUCCUCGUCUGCAAAGUGCAGGACUCCAGCAAGAGGAAGCUGCUGCCCACGCAGUUCCUCUUCCUGCUGGGGGUGCUGGGGGUCUUCGGCCUCACCUUCGCCUUCAUCAUCCACCUGGACCGCACCACGGGCCCCACGCGCUUCCUCCUCUUCGGCGUCCUCUUCGCCCUCUGCUUCUCCUGCCUCCUGGCGCACGCCCUGACGCUGACCAGGCUGGUGUGCGGCCGGAAGCCCCUGUCCCUGCUGCUCAUGCUGGCCCUGGCCAUGGGCCUCAGCCUGGUGCAGGACGUCAUCGCCGUGGAGUACGUGGUGCUCACCAUGAACAGGACCCACGCCGACGUCUUCUCCCAGAUGACCCGCGAGCGGCGCAACGAGGACUUCGUCCUGCUGCUCAUCUACGUCAUGCUGCUGAUGGUGCUGACCUUCCUGGCUGCCUCCCUCACCUUCCGCGGCACCUUCUCGGGCUGGAAGAGGCACGGGGCCCACAUCUACCUCGCCUCGGUGCUCUCCAUCGUCAUCUGGGUGGCCUGGAUCACCAUCCUCUUCCUCCACCGCUUCGGUCCCCAGUGGGACGACACCAUCCUCAGCACCGCCCUGGUGGCCAACGGCUGGGCCUUCCUGCUGGCCUAUGUCCUCCCCGAGUUCUGCCUGCUCACCAAGCAGCAGAACCCCCUGGACUACCCCGUCGAGGACGCCUUCUGCAAGCCGCAGCACAUGAAGCAGCAGAGCUACGGCGUGGAGAACAGAGCCUACUCGCAGGAGGAAAUCACCCAAGGUCUGGAAGAGAUGGGGGACACGCUCUACGCCCCGUACUCCACCCACUUUCAGCUGCAGCCCCAGAACCCGCAGAAGGACUUCUCCAUCCCCCGCGCGCAGACGCACACCAGCCCGUACAACAACUACGAGGGCAGGAAAGACGGCAGCUAACUCGGCCCGCGGAGCACGGAGCGGCCCACACGGCAAGUCAGCCCACGCGGGUCCCCCGGGCCCCUCGCAGAGCACUGGAGAGUGCUGGCCUCCCGGCCUGGACCGCCGGACACUUUAAGGAACUUCUUUUCGGUGGGACCUUCCAGUGCACCCCCUCCUCUCCCUGCCAUUCAGCCUGUGACUAGAGACUCGCCCAGCCUCGGGCUGGCUCGGGGACCCUCCGGGAGCCCACCUUGCGAGUCUGCAGAGCAACAGCGAGCCCAGCCCUGGCGCUGUCCUGGCCGGAUCCACACUGGAAGCCAGUUUCCUGGCACCCCGCAUCUCGCCUGGGCACGGAGCACCCUGGCCUUGCUUCUCUUAGUGACACUGCAGAGCUCAGGGGCUGUCUGGGGUCCCUGGCACCACCGGGUUCCCUGUGGCGCUGUUCCCAUGCCUACUGCCACCCCUUCCCUGAUCUCUCCUGCACACACGCCCCCCACCUCACCUCAGAGUUCACCGGCACCUCACUGGUGUGGAUGAGCCCCUUACUCUGGACUUGGGGGUGGGGGGAACUUGGGUGCUGUUGUCACUGUCUCUUCCGGUCCUUACUCCUCCUCCCCCCCUUGCUCCUUCGCCUCGUGAAGAGAUUGACGCUGUGCUCAUCUUCUGCAUCUGUAAGCGGGCACUGUCUCCUGCUGACGCGGAGGGGGUCCUUGUACAAUAAGUUAUUCUUUCCCUCACGGAAAUGCAAUAAAGAAGCAUGUGGGGGCAACAAGUGCCUAGCCCUGGGCACCAGGGGGCGCUGGCGGGCUGCCCAAAGCCCAAGUUCAACGGCCCCUGUGUUACGUGUCUCGGCUCCCUCUCCUCCCCACGCAAACCCAGUGUGUUUCCUUCCAUUUUUGAGGGUGAGGGGAGGAGCGUGAAGGGGUCACGGACCCUGGGCCCAGCCAGGCAGUGGCAGCCGCACAGGAAAGGCAGGGUGGGGGCCUCAGAGCCGCUCUCAUGGUUAACUUGAGGUUAAAUUGUGGGAGAGGACAAACCCAGAUUCCGUAUUUGACAGAUUUGGUUCACAAUACCUCUCGAGAUGUCACGCAAUUAUUAUUGGGUUAAUCCCACGAGUGGCUCCGUGGGGCAGGGCAGCCGGAAAUGGUGUCAGAACAAUGAAAAAUAAAUCACUUGUGUACAGAAAUGGAGUGACGUUUUAAAGCAUUCCUCACCUGCGUGAGGGAAGUCCCUUCAAAAGCCUCAUUCCAAGCUUUUCGGGGAGAGGUGAGCGAGCCAUGAGGCUGACUCAGAGAGAUUUAUGGCCCACAGCUAUUUGGUUGAUUGUGUCUCACAUGAUUUUGCCCUAACAUUAGCCUCAUUUUGUGUUGAAAAGAGGGAAAUACCUAAGAAUGAUCUAGAUUCUUCUGGAGCAUUCCAGUCUUUUCCAAGAGGAAAAGCAACAGCUUCCUGUAUGAUAACUAUCACAGACUAGGUACCUCACCCCUCUGCACUUUUCUAUCAGCCACGCAAGGGGGCCUGAGGGAAAGCUUGAGCCACAGAAGAUUCUGGAACUGAUGUCUCCAUAGUGAAAUCGGCUGCCUGGUUUGUCUUGUGCUUGUAUUGUGUGUCCCUCUGUUGCAAAAACAGGGAGUGUUUGUUGAAACGGCACUUCUGGACGUUGGGUUUCCUGAGUCUAGAUACACAGGCCCUCGGCUCACCAGGGUCCCUUUCCCCGUGUGGUGGGACAGCGCCUGUCACGGUGUGGCUGCGGGCCCGUCGGGCUUAUGUCUUCUGCACUUAACUCAUUUCUUCAAAGAGGACCACCACGGGGGCGGAAACAUCACCACCUGGAGGCUGAGCGGCAACACAGAAUGUGCAAACUUAGCCCAAGUCAGCCUUGGGGGAUGCCUCUGGCUGAUGGCUGGGGGCCCCAGAAGGCGUCUCUGAGACCAGUGGGUGGUAAUGAAAGGACGCAGCUAGGGCGCCUUCAUCUUUCAUUGUCAGGUGGACUCUCGAAGCCCCAGGAUGCCAUCCCCCAUGAGACCACUAGAUGGCAGCAAAACACCAGGAAUCAAU